CACUAUAAGAUGUGUGUAGAACAUUCUCGCCGAUUCUUCGCCAGACAUGUGGUCCAUCAUCUUUAAAUAAGAGGUUGAUGUAGUUUUCGCAAUUUCGAACCAAAAAGUUUUAUAAUCUUUGUUCUCUCUUAUUGAAGCAUUUUGUUUUGUAAGAAAAAGCAUACCAUGGUAGUGAAGGUGUAUGGUCCUCAAUGUGCCUCAGCCAAACGGGUUCUGGUUUGUCUGAUUGAGAAGGAAAUUGAAUUUGAGGUUGUCCCUGUUAAUGUCUUGACGGGAGAACACAAAGAUCCUCAGUACCUCAAAUUACAGCCUUUUGGAACUGUUCCUGUCAUUCAAGAUGGAGACUAUACCCUUUAUGAAUCUCGAGCUAUAAUGAGAUACUAUGCUGAAAAAUACAGAUCUCAAGGAGUUGAGUUACUUGGAAAAACAAUAGAAGAAAAGGGUCUUAUAGAGCAAUGGUUAGAAGUUGAGGCACAUAGCUAUAAUCCACCAGCAUACAACUUGACGGUUCAUGUUUUGUUUCCUGCACUAGCAGCUAGCAAGACUUCGGAUCCUAAGGUGAUUGAAGAGAGUGAGGCAAAGCUUGGGAAGGUGUUGGACAUUUAUGAAGAGAGGCUUUCAGAGAGCAAGUAUUUGGCUGGUGAUUUUUUCAGUCUUGCUGAUUUGAGUCACCUUCCUUUUACUGAUUAUAUUGUUAAUAAUAUGGGGAAAGAGUAUUUGAUUAAGGAUAGGAAACAUGUUAGUGCUUGGUGGGAUGAUAUAAGUAGUAGACCGUCGUGGAAGAAGGUUCUUGAGUUGUAUAAACCUCCCAUUUAAGUGCUUAAGUGCGUGUUCGGUUUCACGAUGAAUCGAUUUUAUCAAACUCAAAAGUGGAAUUGGUAUUGUUGAAGAGAAUAAAUGUGGUUGUAAUAAUAAGUUUGAAGGGAAGUGAGAGAUUUAGGAACAUAGUGGAUUGUUGUCCACUAUUAAUUGUUUUUCUCUUAUGAAUUUUAGUAAUGUUGAAGUUA